AUGGACGACACUCCCAAGGCCCGGCUGCCCAUGGAGAUUAUCCUGUCAAUCAUUGAGAGUUUGAUUCCAGAAACUACCUCUCAUAGUCGGCCGAUGUUCCCCGCCUCACAUCUCAUCACAACGACGCUCCUCGACUUGACCUUGGUCUGCAAAGCAGUUUAUCCUAUCGCAUCCCGGCUCCUUUGGAAAAACUGCCUUCGAAUUGAAUCGAAUGAAAGUUUGCGCCUCUUCCGUGACUUCAUCUCGCGGGAAAGCGUCGUCACCGGCCGGAGACCAUGCGAAGCAUAUGGCUCUACUAGGCUGUUCUUGGCUCCCUUUGGCAUCUCUCGUUUGUCCAGCCCUGAGCCUGAAUCCAUCAACGAAGAGGCUUUCAAUCCCAUAUCGUACUCGCCUGUUUCUCCCUAUCAACCGGAGCUCAAGGAUAUGGGCACAGCUGAGGCUGUGAACGAGGUCCUCAUCACAUUGGCCCCAGUCCUCAAAGCGAUCAUUGUGGAGAUGCCCCUUCGGUCUCUGUGGCCCGAUGAUGAUGAUACAGGCAUACGAAGGGUUCUAAGAGAGGGGUUCGAGGCGCUGGUAAAUGUCGAAGAGCUUGUCAGCAUUAAUGAUGAGCUCUAUCUGGAUACUAACGAGGACGGCAGCGAGCUCGAGGUUUGGACCAAAUGGCCAAAGCUUCGGCGCCUGGCACUCUAUAAUGUCAUGGCAGGACCUGAACUGUGGAAGAACAUGCUUCUAUGCCCUCAAUUGGAAAUUGCUGUUUUCCCACGCGCGGACCCUUCAGGGAAUAAGAUGUCGGAAGAGAACAUCAAAGACGACUGGUCCAGGGCGUGGACCGAAGCGACCUCUCAACGGACAAUGAGCUUCGAGGACAGAAUACCAUACCGGGGACGAAACAUUGACAUAACGUUCUAUGAUUGGGAGACCGAAUUUCCCAACUUCGAUGCAUUCACCGAUAGUUGGGGAAGACUGGACCCCGAUAAUCUCAUCCGGAUCAUGACUGUGCCAUUCAAUCAGCCUUACGAUCCUGCCUUGGCAAGACAUGAGUACCAACCCUUUAAGAACUAUCCAAAAGUCUGGAUUAGAGGACGUGCUUUGAGCGGUUCACUAUGGGAUGCUGUAUAUAGGGAACGUUGCUCAACUUAG